AUGCCAGAAGAUUCCGCCAUGUGCAGCAAACAGAAAGAGAAGAAGGGCGGAGAGGAACGCGAACAACAACAUGUACAGAACAAAAGUAAGAAGCGCAAGGAGAUUUGCCCUUACGGAAACUACAAACACUACUACGGCUAUCGAAUUGGUCAAGAACUGGAGGAGGAUCCUAGAUUGACGGUUUUCAAGAAGGAAUGGUUCCAAGGCAAGGAUUGUCUCGACAUUGGCUGCAAUUCUGGAAUUAUGACCAUUCAAAUUGCCAAAAAAUUCUUCUGCCAGAGCAUUCUUGGAGUUGACAUUGACGCCAAUCGAAUUCAGGAUGCAUACUGGCACAUCAGGAAAUUUUUGAAAAUGGAGGAUGCUAGAAAGGUGCCUGGAAAGGCUUCUAAGUUGGAGGGUGCAAAUGGUUCAGAGUGCAGUAUCCAAGGUUCAUCAAAGGAAGAGAUGAAGGAGAUCCCAAGGAAUUGUUGUGCUGAGGAGAAAAAUCUGCUUGACAUAGUAUCUUUCCAAAGAGAAGAUUUUGUUAAUACUCGUGAUCCACCAAAGAAGCAUUAUGAUACCAUUAUUUGUUUGAGUGUAACAAAAUGGAUUCAUUUGAAUUGGGGUGAUGAUGGAUUGAUUACAUUAUUUACAAAGGUUUGGAGGCUACUUCAUCCGGGUGGAAUUUUUGUGUUGGAACCUCAACCUUGGAAGUCAUAUGAAAAUAAUUACAAAGUUUCUGAGACAACCAGAACCAAUUAUAAAAAUCUUAAGUUCCAUCCGGAAUAUUUUCAAGACUUACUUCUGGACAAGAUUGGAUUUAAAACAGUGGAGAAUGUCACUUCCAGCGUGUCGGGCAGCAAAACUGGAUUCAACAGACCAAUUUUAGUGUUCCGCAAAUGA